CAUUAAAUUUCAACGUUAAAUGUGCUAGGCAGUUUAUAAAUUAAAUAAAUUUGCCUUAACUUUAAGUAGAUGAAAUAAUAAAAUUGCUUUUUGCCAAUGGAUGUAAACAGAAAGAAAUGUGCUCUGUUCUUGGUGCUUCUGGAUUUAAAAUCAGUGAAAGGCAUUUAAGAAGAAUAAUUAAAUCUCUUGGUUUGAGGCGGAGGAGUAACAACCGGCCCCUUACCGAAUUACGGCAAGCUAUAAUGAGUGAGUUAAAACACUGGUCACCUUGGCAGGGUAUCCGUGCAAUGCAUAAACGGGUACGUGAUGUCAGAGGAAUCCAGCCUUGCUACAGGAAUGAUGUGGGUGUAAUAAUGACAGAGCUUGAUGCCAGUGGUCUUAUCAGAAGAUGUCCUGGAAAAAAGAAAAUUGAACGUAGGAAGUACUUUAGUCGUGGACCAAAUUAUACUUGGCACAUUGAUGGAAAUGAUAAAUUGAAAUUCUUUGGAAUAUGGGUGCAUCUUGGAAUUGAUGGAUUUUCUAGAAAAAUUAUUUGGCUUAAGGCUGGCACCUCUAACCGAAAACAGAGCUUCAUUGCACGGUACUUCUAUGAUGCUGUUCAAGAACACGGUGGUUGCCCACGAAUCGUUAGGGCAGACAGGGGAACAGAGAACCUUAUUGUUGGACAGAUGCAAGUGGCAUUUCAUUUCAGGCAGGCUAGUGAUCAAGGACGAGACUCCUUCAGAGUGGGCAAGUCCGUACAUAAUCAGAGAGCUGAAUUCUUCAAUAGCAUGUUGAAGAAAACAUGGAUUAAAAAAUGGCAGGUUACAUUUGAGACUAUGAUGGAAUCAGGCAUCCUCAAUUUGGACAAUCCUGUACAUAUAAAUUGUCUGCAACACACACACCUUCCCCUUCUUCAGAGAGAUCUGACCAUAGAAGAAAGACUAUGGAACACUCAUGAUAUUCGCAAGCAACAGAAUAUUGCAGGUCCAUUUGGGAAGCCAGACAUUCUGUUCACAUCACCCCCACAAGGUUUUGCUGAUAUGCUUUGCAGAGUGGAUGAUGACCUUCUCCAAUAUGCAGAACAAUUUGUGUGUGCUGCAGAUGAACCACUGUUGGUGGCAAAUGAAGCAUUCAGAACAAUAUCUGGGGCCAUUCUUCGAGAUACAAACUUCCCAUCAUCUCCAGAUGGGUCUCUGGCAGCUUACCUCAUGUUGGUGGAGAAAUUCACAACAGGCCUGGAGAGAAGAGACAUUCCCAUACCAUCCACAUUUGCAGAAGCAAAUAAAAUAUACGAGUUACUGGCUAAUGAGACCUUAUAGCGUUGUUGUUAAAAUUUUAGGUACUUAAAAAAUCUGUAGAGAUGCUGAUAUAAUACAAUAUAUGAGCGAAUAAAAAUGACCAAACAAAAUAUGUAAGAUGUAAUCUUUACUGAGUAUUUUGUAUAUGGUACUUUCUCCUACAAACCGCAGAAAAUAUUUUAACUUAUCAGGAAUAAGGAACACGAUGACAGAUAGAUCACUGACUAACGAGAUGAAUAAUAUUACAGACAUUAGUUAUUUGCCAUUUUUAACUGUAACAGCCUUUGUAAAUGAAAUAGGUAACAGUCA